CCAAGGUGCGCUGCUGGCCCAGUAUGGAGACCAACGGUCAGGUUCUGGUGUGGUUCCACUGUGACGGAGAGGAACCCGGCUGGAUGGUACCAGAGCAGGGGGAGCUCACACAUGGGGAAUGGGUCUACCGGGGAUGCACUGAGUACUUCAUCAACACAAACAUAGAGGAGAUCCCUGAGAAUGUUGAAGAUUUUGCCCACCUGGCCCACCUGCACACACCAGGCAUUGUAAGUGGGGUUGACCUGCGCUACACCAAUAGCAAGACCUGGGAGUUUGUGAGGCAUGACUGGAAGGUGGGUCCAGGGCUGGUGUUCCUGCUGUUUGACCACAGUUUCCUGUGUCUCGGACACACACACACACACAUACACACACACACACACACACACACACACACACACACACACACACACACACACUGCAGUGGAGCCUCUACUGCAGUGUGUCCCACUCCGUCUUCUACCAGAGCAGCCAAUGAUCAAACCGUUCUCAAUGUGGUACAUCAUAUUACAAACACCACGAAUAUCAUAUGCAUGUCAAUUCAUACACCUUAUUAGUAUCCUUAACCCCUCAAAGU